CUCUCCGUGUCCUCGCGGCCGCACGGACUUUGCUUUUUGGCAAAGACGCUUCCCAUUAAAAGGGUGUUACCGGGUGUGCUGGGACGUGCGCCGGGAAGCCUAAGCUUCGUUGCGCCGUGCAGAUUCUGUGCUAAACUGUCGUUGCUUUCAGAAAUGUUUCCAGCAUUGUUUGGACAUGUCCAACGCGCUCUCUGCGGAGAAGUCCCCCGUGCCGUGGAGAUCAGCGCGCUAGAAUAUUACUAACUCGGAUAUAGCAGAGGACCCGUCAAACUUCUCCGGUGCUGUGUGGGCACACUCACAUGACCAUGGGGGUCAGCAGCGCGGCCGCCCCGAAGCGUGUCACUGUCUGUCUUAUAAUAGCGAUGCUCCCUGUGGUAGCGCUGGCGUGUAGCAGCCAUUAUGAGUACGCCAUCGAGGAGUUCUGUCUGGCCAAGUUUAAGCUAGACAUGGAGGGCCUGGACCAGCAACAUUGGUGCAGCUGGGACGACACAGUAGUAUCCUAUCUAGAACUGACAAAUUGCACCUUCCUAGUGGCCCUGAAGAUGAACUGCUUCUGGCCCAACAGACUGGUGGAUGAGUUCUUCAUUCGCAUCCACCGCCACUACUUCCACGACUGCUCGCCGACAGGUCGGCUGCUGCACGACCCGCCCAACCGUGUCCUGGGGCCUUUCAUCAUCGUGCCCGUCCUGGUCACCCUGCUCAUGACUGCCCUAGUGGUGUGGAGGAGCAAGCGCAGCGAGGGCAUCGUGUAGGGCCACCGUCCGGCCCAAAGCACCCCUCUGCCAUGCUGCAGCACCUCGCAUUACGUCUGACAGCGAGGGGUCACGCAAUGACAUGCGCUAUAUACUGCUGCAGUACGGAGAUUUGCGGACAGGGACUUAAUGAAUCAAAUCUUUGAACGACAGAGCAGCUUGUAACAUGCCC